AUGCAUCCAGAUAAGAACCCGAACAACCCAGAGGCCACGAGACGUUUUCAAGAGCUGAUUGAGGCGAACGCCGUUCUCUCUGAUUCUGAGCGACGCGCUUACUACGACACGCACGGGGUGGCGGAGGUGGUCCUCGAUGAGAACUCGUCGUACAGCCGAAUAGAGGAAGGUCUGGGGGCGGCGUUUCUGGAAUGCUUCAUUGGACGCAUAGCGUGGGCGCUGUACUUAACUCCAAAGGUUUUUAUCAACGAAACGCUCUCUAAGGAGUUUCAGAAUCGUCGAACUUUGCGUUUGGCGCAACAACUUCUGCGCUACGUUGACGAGGAGAACGGAGUGGAGGCGGCGCUACCUGCUAUUCGAGAUGCCGUGUCCACACCAAUGGGCCAGAGGUUCAUGCCGAUUGUGGCGCGCCAGUACACUGUUGCUGCCCGUCAGCAUCUAACCUCCAAUGUGUUUUGGCGGGAGCUGGACAGUUUCAGCACCUCAAAGGUCUCUGCCCUUUCGAGGGCUUUCAAAGCGACCAAAGUCGGAAUACCGACGGCUUUUAAAGCAAAGCAAGACUCUCUUAACGAGAACGAUGUGGUGGAUUUUCUUGCAGCAGUAAGCCAAUCUGAUGUGGAGCGGACUGUUCUUCGAGCAUCCCGCUUUAUUUUGUACGACACAUCUGUACCACCAGAACAGCGAAAACGGCGGGCGGAAAAUCUGGCCAAGCUCGGCCUCGUCGUUAAAAAUACCUGCCAAGCUGCUUGUGCCGAAGCAUGA